AUGGCCCAUCGGCUGCGGUUUCAUUUUGGCUCUGGUCGAAGCAACACAGCCCCUGAAUCAGAGAUCCUAGAUCGAGAGAGAGAAGACGACUUUUUUAUGGCAUUCCACACUUUGCCAAGGAGAAACAGUCCUCACCCAUUCUCUCAAAAUGGAGCAGAGUAUGGUGGCGGUAGCCUACAAGAAGUGGGAUCCCUCAAACGAAGCACAUCCAUGUUUAUCCCUCAGCUGCUGAAUAACAUUGAUGCCCGUCCAACAAGGAGCUCAUCUGUGCAAAUCUCCCUGCAGCGCAAAGCUGUGAACGGACAUACUGAUGAGUGCGGGGCACCAGAGUCUCUUGAUGAGGACCUUCCCUAUAAAUUUUCAGAUCUUAGAGAGAAUUUUACUGCACCAGUAAGUAGACCUUCUUCAUCCCAAAGCAGCUCCCAAGAAACUUCAGAAAGAGAAUCCCCCAGUAAUUCUCCACCAAGGUUGCUCGAGGAUUUAGGACAACAGGUCAAUGGAUCUAAUAAUACUUGCAGUCACAGAGUGUUUUGUACCAUUCCUUCAGAUAACCAAGGUGAUGCUGUCUCCUCAGCUGCUCAGGCUGUAGAAGGCAAUGAAAAUGCUUCAGGCUCAAACAUAACUGGAGUAAGAAUUCAGCAUCGUGCUUCAAGUGCAGAUAUGCGUCAGGUUAGACUCUUGCCCUUUGGAUCAGAAGUUCAGAACAACCCUUCCGCUCCUGAGCCCAGGCGUUGGUCUUUGCAACAUGUGCCAGAUGUAUCUGCUAGUUCUGGGAAAAGAUGUUUUGUUUUCCAAUUGCAGCAGCCCCAAACAAGCACUCCAAACCCUGGUGGUGAUUACAAUUUUGGAUUUACUGGAACAAAGGGGGACAGGUUGGUCAGGUAUCCAAGAAUAAGACUAGAGAGGAGUACCUCCUAUCCAGUCCAACCUCGACCUGAACGAGUCAGCCCAAUGGAGGACAGAGUGAAUUCAGAGCCUCCUAACAAUGGCAGGAAUUGUCCCGAAAUACACAGGAGUAACUCAGUAGAAAGGAUCUCACAGAAUAAGGGCUGCACUUUUAAGAUCAGGCAAGAUCAGAAUUCCCGACAACAACACUUUAGAAUUCUUGUCACUCGUGGUCAUGAAGAACCUCACCAGACUCUUGAAGAGAGUAGUUCAGACACACCUGCUUCUACUGCAGCAAACACUCUGACAAGAGACGACUUCCUUGGACAGGUGGACGUUCCUCUUAGUCAUCUCCCGACUGAAGACCCAACCAUGGAACGGCCCUAUACUUUUAAGGAUUUCCUCCUCCGACCCAGAAGUCAUAAAUCCCGGGUAAAAGGCUUCUUACGAUUGAAAAUGGCAUAUAUGCCAAAGAAUGGAGGACAGGAUGAAGAAAAUAAUGAUCAGAGGGAAGAUUUAGAGCAUGGGUGGGAAGUUGUUGAUUCAAAUGACUCCGCUUCUCAGCACCAAGAAGAGCUUCCUCCACCUCCCCUGCCACCUGGUUGGGAAGAGAAAGUUGACAAUUUAGGCAGAACUUACUAUGUCAACCACAACAACAGAACUACCCAGUGGCAUCGACCCAGUUUAAUUGAUAUGUCCUCUGAGUCGGAUAACAACAUCAGACAGAUAAAUCAAGAGGCAGCACAUAGACGUUUCCGCUCCCGGCGACAUAUUAGCGAAGAUUUAGAACCUGAACCUGCAGAAGGUGGAGAUGUCUCUGAACCUUGGGAAACCAUUUCAGAGGAAGUGAAUAUAACCGGAGACUCUCUUAGUCUGGUCUUACCACCACCUCCUGCUUCUCCAGUAUCUCGGACCAGUCCUCAAGAACUGUCAGAGGAAUUGAACAGAAGACUUCAGAUCACUUCGGAUUCCAAUGGGGAACAAUUCAGUUCUUUGAUUCAAAGAGAACCUUCUUCAAGGCUGAGGUCCUGCAGCGUGACAGAUGGAGUUGCCGAACAAUCUCAUCUACCACCGCAGAGUACCCCAACUAGGAGAGCCCGUUCGUCAACUGUCUCUGGUGGUGAAGAACCAAUGCCAUCAGUGGCCUAUGUACAUACUACGCCGGGCCUCCCUUCAGGCUGGGAAGAAAGGAAAGAUGCUAAGGGACGCACUUACUAUGUCAAUCAUAACAAUCGAACUACAACUUGGACUCGGCCUAUUAUGCAGCUUGCUGAAGACGGUGCCUCCGGAUCAGCUUCCAACAGUAACAACCAUCUAAGUGAGCCCCAGAUCCGCCGGCCUCGUAGCCUCAGUUCGCCCACAGUAACUUUAUCUGCGCCGCUGGAGGGUGCCAAAGAUUCACCCAUACGUCGAGCUGUGAAGGACACCCUUUCUAAUCCGCAAUCCCCACAGCCAUCACCUUACAACUCUCCAAAACCACAGCACAAAGUUACACAGAGCUUCCUGCCACCUGGCUGGGAAAUGCGGAUAGCUCCAAAUGGCCGUCCGUUCUUCAUUGAUCAUAAUACAAAGACUACCACAUGGGAAGAUCCACGACUGAAAUUUCCAGUACAUUUACGAUCAAAGGCAUCUUUGAAUCCUAAUGAUUUGGGUCCUCUUCCUCCCGGUUGGGAAGAAAGGAUACACUUGGAUGGCCGAACUUUUUAUAUAGAUCAUAAUAGUAAAAUUACUCAAUGGGAAGAUCCAAGAUUGCAGAAUCCUGCUAUUACUGGGCCAGCUGUUCCUUAUUCCAGAGAGUUUAAGCAGAAAUAUGACUACUUUAGGAAGAAGUUAAAGAAACCAGCUGAUAUUCCAAAUAGGUUUGAAAUGAAGCUUCACAGAAAUAACAUAUUUGAAGAAUCCUAUAGGAGGAUCAUGUCUGUGAAGAGACCUGAUGUGCUCAAAGCCAGGCUGUGGAUUGAAUUUGAGUCCGAAAAAGGCCUUGACUAUGGAGGUGUGGCCAGAGAAUGGUUCUUCUUGUUGUCCAAGGAGAUGUUUAAUCCUUAUUAUGGUCUCUUCGAGUAUUCUGCCACGGACAACUACACACUUCAAAUCAAUCCCAAUUCAGGCCUUUGUAAUGAAGAUCAUCUGUCCUAUUUCACUUUUAUUGGACGGGUAGCAGGCCUAGCAGUAUUUCAUGGGAAGCUCCUAGAUGGUUUCUUCAUUAGACCAUUUUACAAAAUGAUGCUGGGAAAGCAGAUAACUUUGAAUGAUAUGGAGUCAGUGGAUAGUGAAUACUACAACUCCUUGAAAUGGAUCUUAGAAAAUGAUCCUACGGAACUUGAUCUCAUGUUCUGCAUAGAUGAAGAAAACUUUGGACAGGGAUUCACAGAAUUGCUUCCUAUUGAUUUGAUUAAAAUUUUUGAUGAAAAUGAAUUGGAGCUGCUGAUGUGUGGCCUUGGAGAUGUUGAUGUUAACGACUGGAGACAACAUGCUAUUUACAAGAACGGCUACUGCCCAAAUCACCCCGUCAUUCAGUGGUUCUGGAAGGCCGUAUUAUUGAUGGAUGCUGAGAAGCGUAUCCGGUUACUGCAGUUCGUUACGGGGACAUCUCGAGUGCCUAUGAAUGGAUUUGCUGAACUUUAUGGUUCAAAUGGUCCUCAGCUGUUUACAAUAGAGCAAUGGGGAAGCCCUGAGAAAUUGCCCAGAGCUCAUACAUGCUUUAAUCGCCUUGACUUACCUCCAUAUGAAACUUUUGAAGAUUUAAGAGAGAAACUUCUCAUGGCCGUUGAAAACGCUCAAGGAUUUGAAGGGGUGGAUUAGGCAGCUGCCACUUUUCGGUUGUUGUUCAUCAAGCAAGCUCUUCUUGCCCCUUUGCAUUUGCCUAAUGGACACAUAAGCCACAAUGGCAGAACAGUUGCACAAAGUUGGUUUCUGGAGCAAACUCUUCGACAAUGCAGUUGCCUAAGGGCAGAAGUUGGAACUCUAGCCCAAGGAUAGUAUUUCUGCAUUUUCCACCACAAAUUAUCAACUGGUUGAUGUGUACACUAAUUACAUUUCAGGAGGACUUGUUCUAUUUAUGUUGGGCCUCUGUAGGCAAAGCCCUUAAUAAAUAUUUUACAUACUUUCUAAUGACAAUGAAUGGAAUUAAUCACUCUACAGGUAUAGUAUUACAACUCAUGUUUACUUUUAAAAAUGAUUUAGACCUAUUUUCAGAUUUUAUUUCAUUACAAUUAAAGAUAUUAUAUACUUGGAAAAAUGAGCAUUUUUUUCAUAUCUGAAUUUCCUACCAGACAAUGUCAGUGACAUUUUUAUUUUUUAAGUGCAUUGAAUCUCCCCCUGCCCCACUGUAUUCAAAAUAGAGACCUAAUAUUUGUCCAAAAAUGCUCCCCAGAUGAAGACAUUUAGAGAAUUUCAAACAAGUCAUUGAACACAAUGAUAUCUUUCCACACCCAGAGAGGCUAAGCACUGACUGGAGAUUACAUUUUUGUACAAAUUUAGCAUCAUAGCUGCAAGACAAGAAAGAAUUAUGACAUAGCAUGAAAAAUUUUGUGUCAAGUUAAAAGGAAUCACAGCAUCGCUCUUUGGUAGCUCUUCCAAGUAAUAGAAUCCACUUUGAGUCGGGGUGAGACUAGCAUUUCUUGUAAGAGGACCGGCUUACCCCUGCCUCCUUCCUGCUGUACAGUGAUGCCUUUAUGCUCUUUCUUCUUUACUGUUCUCUGUAGUGGAGGCAUUUUGAAUGAAACCUGGCACUGCUCUCGAUUUGAAAUUGUAGAAACCGGAUCUGUUCUGUCUUCUAUUUGUAUGCAUUUGCUAAUGGUCGCUAAAUAACCACUUUUGUCCUGACUGCACCGAUUCUGAAGGCACUUUAUGUACUACAUGGAACUCAUAUCUGGUUGUUUUUUCUUUAAUAUAUCAUAAGCGUUUUAAUGUGAUGAUUCCUUCUCAUUGCACACGUCUAUCGAUUGUGAAUUUGGCGGCUGCUGAUGUAUAAAAACCCAGAUGUAAAACUGAGCCCACAAUCCUCUUCUCACCAAUUGUUUAUAAUUUUUAUACAAUCACAAAGAUUAAUUUAAUAUACACUUUAUCUAACCAAGUUUUGUUACCUAGGACAUGUUGCAUGCUUAAAAACUAUAUAAUGCCUGAGUUGUAUCUAUUGUGUGAUAGAUUAAAGGGAAAAAGAGAGAAGACUAGUAUUUGAUCCUCUUAAGUUGUUAAUCUAGUAGUAGAAUAGGCUUGAGGGUAUUUAUUGGUUGAGGUCAUUUGAUUACCUUCAGCUUUGUAUGUCUUCUUUGCCCAUGGAGCUGAGCUGUUCCUCUUGUUCUUGAGAGAACUCUGCUAUACUCACUAAUUGUGGCCCCUUCUAUACUAAUGAAGUAAUUUUUAACCCUUAUUUCACACUGCCCUCCCCCCUAACUCCAGGUCUUGCCUUUUCAAUUAAUCUCUUGCCAGUAGAGAAUGGGGCAAAAAUUUAUGGGGGUUAUGGUUUUAUAUUUAUUAAGGGCAAGAUAGAGAUAAUAGAGCCCCUUAUGCAGCAACAUCAUGACACUCAGAAAAUGUCAUCUUACUAUGUUCUGCAAUGCUUGAGAAAGCAUGUUAGCAGUCUAUAGCUGUUCAGAACACUACAAUUUCCAGAGAUUUCUGCAGCAGAAAGGCAUUGUCUCCCUUUUCUACUUUGGCCUUUGUCUAAAAAGAUAAAAAUCAAAAAACCAACAUUCCACGUAAUUCACAAAUAGACAAUUGGCGACUUUUGUUAACCAAUUUGUGAGAAACUUGGUGUGUUUUCAAUAGUAGAUCUGCCUAAUAUCUCACUCAGUUGGUGAAGAUCCCUUUUGUGCAACUGCCUUAUUCCAAAAUUAAUUUUAUUUUAAAGACUCAAUCCAAAGGCUGAAUUGUACAUUGGUUACUUUUUGAGAGCUAUUACAUAACUAUGGUGCUGUAUAAUCAACCUUUUCCAAGAACCUGGAUUUCUUUUGUUAUUGUUUAACUAUGAUUACUUUUUAAAAGGGUAGGUAACCACCAGAGGCAAAAAAUAAGCAAAAUAUUAAGAGAAGCAAAACAAAUUUAUUCUGGUGAGAUAAUUUCUAAGUCUCUAAAAGGUAAACUAAGAAUAGAAACUUCAAAGGACACUGACAUAUACCAUAACACAUCUCUAGAAGGCAGUAAUUGUAUAAGAGAAAAAUUCAGUUUAGCUCUUUCUAAUAACCUAUUUGUGUUAAUGUUGAAUGAUACUUUUAUCAAACCAGGUUCUCUGAAUCUCCAAAGGCUACCAUGUUUCAAUUGUUCUCCAUAACAGUCUCCUAUCCUGUUUUUCUUUAUCCUCUUGUAAUCUUCAGGAUAUAAUCUCAAAAAGCAGUGAUGAGAACUUGUUGCAUGAAAAGUAGGUUCUUUAGUCAAAACUCUGUGAUCCAAAUCCACUGUCUAUAUGACAUUAUCUGUAAAGAAAUGCUGUGUUUCCUAUUCAGAGAUUGUCCUUAGCAGCAGACUUUGCUCAGCAGUCCAUGGUCUUUACAGCCCCUCUUUAUCCCCAAACCAGAGAAGACAGUUGAUUCCAAGUUUUUUGAACGUUCUACAAAAGGCAUAGGUUUUGAAGAGACAAUCUUCCAGAAGAUGUUGCAGGUUAAGGAAUUUACUCCAAAGAAUAUAUUGUUGAAGAAUGAUUGUUCAGGUUUCUUUAGCAUCACUUACCAUGGCUGUCCCAUAAAGUCUUUUUGUAUUUCCCUUCUUGAUCCUUGUAGGCCUGAUUAAGGAGUUUGGAAUUUCCUUCUGCCUGGGAUCAGCUUAGAAGUGUCAAUUUAGGAAUGUGGUGAUGCUUCUUAGACCAGAGAGAUGUUGAGGUAUUUGCUCCAUUUCAUGCUGUAUUCAAUUUCAGUGCCUUUUUAUUUUAUUUUUUCACUUUAAACUCUAUGUUCUGAUUCAUUUGCCUGGGUUUAUUAUCUGUAGCUAGUUCCAUCCUUCUUCCCUUAUAAAUCAUAGAACAUCAAAGUCUCCAUUUAAUUUAUUUUUUUAAGGACCUUCAUUUUUAGCUGGCAACUGAAAUUUUCCUCUAGGUAGUCAAAUGAUUGCUAAUAUAAACACCAAGGUAGAUUGUAGCAAGUGAUGAGUAAAAUGUCCAAACCAUUCUUCAUAUCUUACAUCCACCAUUGUGGUUUCUGUCACUUGUACUGCUACUCUGGUGUUCCCAGAUCCAAAAUGCCAGUCUGGAGAGUCAGGUCAUGAUAUAUGCUGUAAAUCAUUUAUAGUAACUCCAGAUUUCUACCUGCACUAGAAGAAUGUUUGAGAGUUGAAACUAGCAUUUUCCAAAAGUUCUUGUAUAGCUUACCACUGAAGUUUCAAAUUCAAAACCAUGAUCCAUUUGGUUAGCCAGUUGUAAGUUUGUCACCACUCUGCAGAUAGCUGUCUUUCCCUCUCCCCCUCUCAGGCUCUCUUCCUUUUCCUAACCCGCACCUUGAUCCUGAAGGGGAUGUCUGUGGGAUGCCAUCUUCCAUUUUCUGACAAGCCAGUAGAGGAUGCUGCAGUACAGAGUACUACCCCUCCCUCUCUCACUUCCUCCCCCUCCUCCUCCCUCCCUCCCUCCCUCCUUCCCUCCCUCCCUCUUUCACUCCCAGGCAAAGUACACUACCUCUGUCACAUACAGGUUUUUCGCCUGUAUCCUGACGUGGAAGUUGUGUCAAAACUGCCAACUUCAGGCCUGAGGUGUUUAAACAAAAAGAAGUAGAAACAACCCUUUUCAACUCCUUUGUAGUUUAGAUUUUAAAAUGGGAAGAAAAAUGUGAUAUACUUUGGACCAUUUUUUAAAAAAUUUAUAUAUAAGCCUUAAUUUACAUUAUAUAUAUAUAUAUAUACAUGUGCACUCACAUGCAUUCACACACCAGAGUGUUUUCAAUGUAAGACAAAAAUGCUGUAGAAUUACAAGAUGUGCUUGUAUAACAUUUUAUAGGGGGAAAAAGACUUUUCUGUUUGUAUGAAAUUUUGCAAGAAAAUCUUGUCAGACAUCUUUAUUUAAAGAUGUUUCACUCAAAGUAAUGCAUGUUUAAAAUGCAUGGGGAUUUUUUUUUAAACUUUGAUUUGGAAUAACAACUGGAAUCUAACCACGUGUUACGUUGUCUGCAGACCUGUAGUACUGCAUUCUCUACUUUGUAUCAGUGUUACUAAGCCACCAUCACCAACCAUAGCCUUGUGUCAGCAUACAUUUUUAUUCUUAUAAGCCAUUUUGCGCCUUUUAGUCAGACUAAUUUUCACUUAGGAUGUCAUGUUUUCCUUCAUGUUAACCUCAACAGAUUUCAAUCUUCCCUUUAUUACUAUGUAAGUAGUAUUUAUAUACAUAUAUAUAGUACAUAUGCUGUCAUAUAUAUGUAUAUAUUUAUAUAGCUUUUUUUACAUCUUCCUUGAAUAAUCUAGUUUCAAAGGGGAGUAAGUGUUUGGUCUCUACAUUUUUCUCCAAGCCCAGCCCUGUAAAUUCCAACUUCCAAGCCUGAGCAAACCUUAAGAAGGUGAUAUCAAUUUGCUAUCCUUUAUGAACCAAGGAAUUCAGAUUAAACAUGAAUGAACAGUGACUUCUAAAGUGAAAAGAGUUUCAAACAUUCCAGGUGAAAUCCCGUUUCAUAACUUUUUAUUGUUAACGGAAAAAAAAAAACCUCCUAAUAUGAGGCUAAUAUUUGAUACAGUGGUAAACACUAAACUACCUUGAUUUUUUUUCUUUUUAAAAAAAGCAACUUAUAAAGAAUGCUCAUUUUCACAAUCAGAAUAGCUUUAAAGUACAGUUGAAUUUGAUACACAAUAGGGAAAGUUUUGUUCAAGAACAAAACCAUUUUUUCCAUUUAUUUUCUUAAGAGAAUUGAAGGGAAAUGUAGAUUGUUUGUUUUCCUGACAGCAAAAAUGAUCAAUGUGACACAAUGAAGUUGUUGUAAUGAAAUGAUGCAACUUGUCAAAUAUUUAAUAAAGAAUUAUGGAAGCUGAAA